UACAACCUCUCGGGUCUCACGUUUUAUUCGCAAUUGCAAUUUCUGAUUUGAUACAAUGCGCGAAAAACGCGUGUGAAAAUGAAAUUAUGACACUUGUUAAUCACAGUUGUCUAAAUCCUUCUUCUUCUUCUUCUUUCUUUUCUUCUCUGUAUGAAUUUUUUAUACAAACAAUUUAAUAUUAUGUCUAAUUCGUAAUAUGUUUAUUGUUUAUCCACAAUUUCGACUCAUGAUAAUUUAUUUACUAAAAUUUAAUUUCAACAAAUAUUAAUUUGCUAAGUUCAAUUAGGUUCAAUCUUUGAUUAAGUACUUAAUGUUAGAGUUAUUAUCAGUCGUAUUUUAUUUAUAGCAGUAUUUUACGUUUCUCUAAAAAGAAACGAUAAUAAGAUUGAAAAAAAAAAUUGAAAGUGCGGACUAAUGUGUAAUGGAUAAAGAAAAGUUGUUUUAAAGCUUAGAAAUAAAAAGAAAGACUGAGAUCGAGAAACCCGAUGAAUGGGACAAAGUUUAGGCUCCGAGUCGUAGAUACAAAUACAAUUCGUACAAUUGAGUGUAGUUCGUAGGACAGUGUGUUGGUGGACAGGAAGGACCAUUUGAACAAAAAUGAGGGUUCCAUUAGUUUCCCUUGGAGGUAUUGUGGUCUUAUCAUUCGCGGUAGCAAAAGCUUUAUCUUGUGUCUGUUCACCUCUUGAGUGCGACCUUCUCACCGAAGAAGACUGUCCUGGAGGGCUCACCUGGGAUCCUUGCAAGUGUUGCAAAGUAUGCGCGCGUGUUGAAGGGGAGCCCUGUGGAGGACUUUUUGGCUUUUCUGGAAGUUGCGCUAUAGGUCUUCAAUGUGUAAUUAAAAAUUUAUUACACCACGCUCGUGAAGUCGACGAAGGAAUUUGCACAAAAUUAAGAAACGAGAUUCUGUUCAGUCUAUUCAGUUCGUGACCUGAAUUCUUCUCCUGACUUGUCUGAUACUUCCUAAUACAACGAGUGAUCACUUAAUUAUAACUUUCUAAAAAUUUUACGAGUUUCAAAAAAAUUCAUGCGCACAUAAAGAACGCAAUUUUUCUGCGAAGCAACUUUUUCAUUCGUUUUUUGUCUCAAUUUGAUAUCCGCAGAUAAAUUGUGAAUAUAAAAGUUUAAAAAAUUCUGUUUGAUGAAUUAAUAUUCUCAAAUGAAGCUUAUAACUCUCAUAAUCUGAAUUAGUUGAAAGUUAUAAUGAAUUAACGAAAAGUUGUCCACUAAAUGAUUUAGUAAUAAUUUUCAAAGCAACCAGUAAAAUUUUGCUGAUUAUAAAAAUCGAUAAAACAGUUUCACUAAUUAUGUCCCUGAAGUUAUAACGUCGACACUUGGCGACUUCAAUGUGGAAAUUAAAGAUCGACACGCUUUUAAUCUACAACUUUUGAAACAAUUGCUUAAUUUCUUGAUUUCUUCGAUUUCGUUGCAAUUUUAAAAGAAAAAAAUUGUCUUCGAUGUGCUGAGCGUCGGCGUCGACGCUAACUUCAGGGACCGCGACCGCCUUUAGUGAAUUAGAUGUAACACCCUAUGGAAAUAGAGAAAUUACUCAAGCGUUACGUGUAGAAUAUACUACUUGAUGUAAUUAUAAGAAACAGGCCAUAUUUUACAGUGGUGGUGGUAAUAGACAAUGAAUUUACCGCUGAUAUUACUCACAUGAGAAACCCAUUUGGCAAACAGUAUGGA